AUGGCUGUUGACCCGACCAACACCACCUCUGCGCCAAGGCCGCCGUCGCCUGCGCAGGAACCGCCACCGUCUGCGUCCGAGUCUGCACCGUCUGCGUCCGAGUCUGCACCGUCCGCGCCAGAAUCCUCAUUGCCCGCGCCGGAACCUUUGCCGUCUGCACCGGAGACCUCCUCUUUGUCUGCGCCGGACCAGCAGCCCGCGUCCGAUCAGCAGCCCGCAAGCCAAGGCCACGACGCCGCCGCGAACAACGCCCAGCCCGUGCCAUCCCAAGACGGACAACCCUCGCCAUCCCAAGAUGGUCAACCCGCGCCAGCCCAAGAUGGCCCAUCCGUGCCAGUUGCUGAUGCCGCAGGUGCUAUACCGCUUCCACCGCUCCAUGGAUCUUCGGCAACUCCAGCUGAGCCUCCAAAAGCUGUCCCAGACCAAGAAGAGCCCGACGCGGCACCUGUCGAGCCGAUAGCAACACGAAAAGAAGCUUUCUUCACCUACUUUCAGCUCCUCGUCUACGCCAAUCCGACGUGGAAGGACCACAUCCUCCUCGUCUGCGGCCUCGUCAUCUCCGCCGCCGCCGGCGUGCCCAUUCCGCUCAUGGGCAUCUUCUUUGGCCAGCUCAUCGACGACCUCAACGAGGCCACGUGCGACGCCCGCGCCCUGUCCGACCUAUUCAAGGCCUCCCCCGACGAGCUGCAGCGCUCCGUAAACGCCAAAGUCCUCAAGCUCGUCUACAUUGGCAUCGCCAGCUUCGUCCUCAUCUACGCCUACCUCGUGUGCUGGGCCAUCUUUUCGCGCCGUCUCGAGGCCCGCAUCCGCGACGCCUACUUUCGCUCCAUGCUGCGCCAGGACGCCACCUUUUACGACAAGCGCCAGGCCGGCGAGCUGUCGUCGCGCCUCAAUGCCGAUAUGCAGAUUAUCCAGUCGGGCACCUCGGAAAAGGUUGGCAUCUGCAUCGCCUGCACGUCCUUCUUCAUCACCGCCUACGCUAUUGGUUUCGUAAAGGAUACAAAGCUGGCCGCCAUGCUCAUAUCCCUCAUCCCGGCUUUUUUGCUCCUCUCCGUCGUCGGCAGCUACUUUACGCAAAAGUUUACCGUGGCCAUGUCCAAUGCCAUUGCGUCGGCGUCUUCCAUUGCGCAGGAGACGCUGUCGCACAUUGCUGUCGUGCAGGCUUUCAACGCCGGACCUCGUCUCGAGGCCAAGUUUGCCGCCGCCAUGGGUCUUGCCCGCGUCUACGGCAUCAAAAAGGCAUUUGUAGCCGCCUUGCAGGCUGGUAUCCUCUACUUCAUCGCCUACUCUGCCAAUGCACUUGCUUUCUGGCAGGGAAGUCGCCAAAUCGUCGAGGCCAUUGGCAAGGACAACGGCACCUCGGUCGGUGACAUCUCCAUUGUCAUUUUCCUGCUGGUUGAUGCCUGCAUCAUCUUUGGUUCCAUUGCCCCGUACAUUCCUAUGCUCGGUGCCGCGGCCGCCGCUUUCCGCAAGGUGCGGCAGGAUAUCGAGGCGCCUGUGCUCAUUGACUCUGGCUCCAAUGAUGGCGAGAAGCUUCCCACGACCACUGCCGGCGGCAUCAAAUUUGACGGCGUCUCCUAUGCGUACGUCUCCCGUCCUGACCGCCCUGUUCUGAGAAACGUCUCUUUUGAGUGUCCUGCCGGCAAGUACACGGCCCUUGUAGGCCUCUCUGGUAGUGGAAAAUCUACCGUUGCCGGCCUGACUACGCGUUUGUAUGAUCCUACCGAGGGAACCGUCACGCUCGACGGCCACAACCUCCGCGAUCUCAACGUCAAGAGCCUGCGCAGCUUCAUGAGUCUUGUGCAGCAGGAGCCCUCUCUGCUCAGCCGCUCCAUUCUCGAAAACAUUGCUCUCGGUGUGCUGAACUCGCCUUGGGAGCAUCACCAAAAGUUCCAGGCCAUUAUUGAAAGCCCCGUCUUGGCGCAGCUUGCUGAGAAGCUCCAGGAAGGGACGGACUUGGAUGCGGCUGCGCAAGAGUUUGGUCCCGAUGUAGCUCAACUUGUUGAUAUGAUUCGCGAGGCUGCUAAACUCGCAGACGCUGCCUCGUUUAUUGAGAAACUUGAGCGUGGCUACGGCACUGAUGUCGGUAUCAGCGGCAAGCUUGUCAGCGGCGGACAAAGACAGCGAAUUGCUCUUGCACGCGCUCUGAUCCGCGACCCCAAAAUCUUGAUUCUCGACGAGGCCACCGCGUCGCUCGACUCUGCAAGUGAGCGACGCAUCCAAGUGGCCGUCGAGUCCAUCGCCAAGGAUCGCACCCUCAUUGCCAUUGCCCACCGGCUGUCCACCAUCAAGAAUGCCGAUAACAUUAUUGUCAUGAGCAACGGUGUCAUUCUCGAGCAGGGCACACACAGUGAGCUCAUGGCUCUCAAUGGAAACUAUGCCAGCAUGGUUCGUCUUCAGAAUAUCGAGGCGGAGAAGCAAGACGACAGCGUCUCGCUUGCAAGCACUGACCGCGGCGACAUUGAAGCCGACGUGCGGGAGCGCGACUCCAUUGCCAAGGACGAUGAACCUGUCAAGGUGCAUGAUUUCAUGACCGACGCCAACGGUCAGGCUGCACCGGAAAGCAAAGAGACUGCUGCCCCAGAGGAUGACCUGGAUGCCAACAAGUCGACUGGCACAGUCCUCCACAGCAUGUUCAAGCUCAUCCGGCCCAACCUUCUCUGGCUCUUGGUUGCCAUUUUUGCUGGUGUUCUCGUCGGACUCACCUUUUCCGCUUCCGGUCUCAUUUUCGGCAACACCAUUGGCAACAUCAAUUCGUGCAACUCUACCGACCACAUCCUCUGGGCGGGUCGCUUCUUUGGUGGCCUCUUCUUCAUGCUGGCCGUCGUCGAGCUGCUCGCCAACUCGACGAGCUGGUCCGGCUUUGGCUACGUUGCCGAGAAGCUCCUCUACCGAAUCCGUGUGCUCACGUUCCGCUCGCUGCACCAGCAGGACAUGGACUGGCACCAGGCCAGCGGCCGCACGCCCUCGUCUCUGCUGUCCGUCAUCACGGCCGACACGGCCGCCGUGGGCGGCUUCAGCGGUUCCAUUGUCGGCACCAUGUUCUCCGUCAUGAUCAAUUUUCUGGCCGCCAUUGUCAUUUCGCACAUUGUCGCUUGGAAGAUUGCCAUCGUCCUCCUCGUGACUGUGCCCCUGCUGCUCGGCUCCGGCGUCAUGCAGAUGCGCUCGCUCUCGCAGUUUGAGCGCAAGCACGCCAGCGCCUUCUCCUCGGCCCUCGGCAUCACCGUCGAGGCCAUCAACUCGUUCAAGACGGUGUCUUCGCUGUCCAUUGAGAAUGAGAUCCUGGGCACGUACCGCCGUGCGCUGUACGGGCCGCAAAAGGAAAUCACAAUCUUCAGCCUGUGGACCAACUUUUGGCUCGCCAUGGCCAACAGCACCUGCCAGCUCAUCUACGCCUUUGCCUACUGGUGGGGUUCUACGCGCAUCAUCAAGGGCGAGAACACGCAGACGCAGUUUUUGAUCAUUCUGACGGCGAUGCUCAUCAGCGCGCAGCAAUGGGGUCAGAUGUUCAGUCUGGCGCCCGAGAUCUCGCGUGCGCGCGCCGCUGCUUCCCGCAUUCUGAGCCUGAUUGACCUUGACUCGGCAAAGAAGCUGCCACGAGAGAAGGGAGGUGCAGAUGUCGAAGCCGAUGCGGAGCCUCCUACCAAACCAUCUGGUCCGAACCGGGGUUCUACAAUCGUCUUUAAGGAUGUCGCCUUUUCUUACCCCUCUAGAACCAAGAUUCAGAUCUUAAAGGGCAUGUCGUUUACCAUCAACGCGGGUCAGUUUUGCGGUCUUGUCGGUCCCUCUGGUGCCGGCAAGUCCACCAUUCUGUCUCUCGUGCAGCGCAUGUACCGUCCCACCGCCGGCGUCGUCGAGGUGGACGGCGCCGACAUUUGCGCCCGCGAGGGCACCGAGUUCCGCGACGACAUUGCCGUGGUGCCGCAGGACUGCGCACUGUUUGAAGGCACCAUCAAGUUCAACGUCGGCCUCGGCGCACGCCCCGGCGUCGAGGCGACCGACGCCGAGAUUGAAGAGGCGUGCCGGCUGGCCAACAUCCACGACACAAUUGCCGCUCUCCCCGAUGGCUACAAUACCGAGUGCGGCCCCAACGGGUCGCGUCUCUCGGGCGGCCAGCGCCAGCGCCUGGCGAUUGCGCGCGCGCUCGUGCGCAAGCCCAAGCUGCUGCUGCUCGACGAGAGCACCAGUGCGCUCGACGCCGAGAGCGAGCGCGCGCUGCAGGAGGGCCUGGAGCGGGCGGCCAAGGGUAUCACGGUGAUUGCCAUUACACACAGGCUGCACACGGUGCGCAAGGCCGACGUCAUCUUUGUGGUCGAGGGCGGUCAGGUGGUGGAAAAGGGCCGCCACGAUGAGUUGGUGGAGAGGAGUGAAUCGUACAGGGUACUCUCGAGCUUGAUCGGACAUCUCUCCGCCAGCACAUGUCCGUACUCUCAUCAGUCCAGCUGGGAUUUCCUGCAAAAUGUCAGCUUGGUCGGCGACCACGUACGGCCGGCCCCGGAUCCAUACCGCGCGUGGCUGCCCAAGGACGGCUUGGGCGCCAACAUUCCGGACCCUGCCUACCCAGAGCGUCCCUCCUCUGUUCCUCGCACCGUCGCCGUCGGCCCUUCAGUAGCACACCGAAGCCACGUAUCUGGACGACGCUCACGUAGCCGCCCCAGCAGCGAGCGAGGAGGGAUCCUAUCCAAAUCCAUCUCCAACGACGACGCCAUCGAGCUUCUCGAAUAUCCCGAAAAACCUCUCCAGAAUCCGCGAGAGCAGCACCGCCGCGACAAGCGUGAGACGAAGCGCCUCUGGCUCGAGGCUCAGGAUGAGAUGAAGUUCUCCCACAGUAUCCAAUUCAACGCCGUUCCGGACUGGAGCAGCCACUACAUUGCCUACAGCAAUCUCAAGAAGCUGCAAGCCCGCUCUGGCGACCACGAAUCACGGCCCCUUAUCUCCGGCGACGAACCCGAAGAUGUAUUCUCCAAUGCUCUGGAUAUAGAACUGGAAAAGAUCUGCUCCUUUUAUGUUUCCAAGGAGGGCGAAUUGCAUGACGAAGUCUCCCAACUUCUCCGCGACGUCGCCGAACAGCCAGCGCUCGACUCAUCAGCCACCUUUCGCCGCCGAUCCGAGGACGUGAACCGCGCCGACCGCAGCAGCCACUAUGGUCGUACCACGAGCGCCACCGAGCACACAUCCGACGACGAUGCCGGCGACGAGACGGCUAGCGAAGAGGAGGACGAGAGUGCAGCCCUCACCCAUGCUAGAGUCCAGGGUCGCCGCAGCACCAUGCCCAACUUCGCGCCGCCGCCCACGAAGACGGGUCCCUCGUCCGACAUUGGUCGCGCUCCGUCUUCGCGUCGACACAGCACUACAUUCGACGACUACGGCGAGACGAGCACCGUUUUCGCUUCGGCGCUCUUCCCUUCGGCCAUUAUGCUCAAGAAACGCAUUAUUGGCCUCUAUGUCUCACUCUGCGAGCUCAAGUCGUACGUGCAGCUGAACCGCACUGGUUUCAGCAAGGUUCUCAAAAAGUUUGACAAAAUCAUGGACAAGGAGCUCCGCAGCACGUAUAUCAAGGCCAACGUGGACACGGCGUAUCCCUUCAACGAAGACACCAAGCAGCAUCUCGAAGACUAUAUUGCAGAGAUGGAGUCGGCAUACUCUACCGUUGUCACGGGCGGUGAUGAUGCCCUUGCCAAAAAGGAGCUGCGCUCGCACCUCCGCGAGCAUGUCGUCUGGGAGCGCAACACUGUCUGGCGAGACCUCAUCGGAAUCGAGCGCAGAGGAGAGGCCGCGCGACUCGGCUCUCUGCUUCUCGGUUCCGACUCGAAACAGGCCAAGCGACUGCAAGGAGAUGAUGACAAGACGAUACCAAUGACCAAUAUUGCCACACCUUUUGGUCGACUGAGGUUGCCUGCGUGGAUGCUCAACUCGUCUAUGCUCAUGCUCCUGCUAUCUACGGCCGCCUUUUUAGCUCUCCUCAUGGUCCCCAUACUGAAGCACCCCGAGCAGCAGAACUGCCUCGCCUUGCUGGUUUACGUGAGCUUGCUGUGGGCGACAGAGACGCUUCCGCUCUUUGCCACCGCGCUCUUGAUCCCCUUUCUCUCUGUCAUUCUCCGCGUCGUGCGCGACGAGGAGGGUGAACACCAUCGCCGUCUCAAUGCCAAGGAUGCCACGGCCGCCAUCUUUGCCUCAAUGUGGAGUCCCGUCAUCAUGCUCCUGCUCGGCGGCUUCACCGUCGCCGCCGCAUUGUCCAAGUGUACCAUUGACAAGAAGCUGGCCACGCUCGUCCUCAGCAAGGCGGGCACCAACCCGCGCGUCGUCUUGAUCGCCAACAUGCUCGUCGCGGCCUUUGCUUCGAUGCUCAUUAGCAACGUUGCCGCCCCCGUGCUGUGCUACUCCCUUAUUGACCCCAUGCUGCGCACGCUGCCCUCUGACUCGCCCAUGUCCAAGGCCGUUAUUAUGGGCAUUGCCUUGGCGUCUAAUAUCGGUGGCAUGCUCUCGCCUAUUGCGUCGCCACAGAAUGUUGUCGCAAUGGGCAUCAUGCAGCCAGCGCCGACUUGGCUGCAGUGGUUCUUCAUCGUCAUUCCCGUCGGCAUCGUCUCGAUUGCUGCAAUCUGGAUGCUGCUGCUCGUCACUUUCAAGCCGGGCCAGGGCACAGUUAUUCAACCUGUGCGACCGCUCAAGGAAAAGUUUACCGCCGUUCAGUGGUUUGUCACCAUUGUGACGCUCAUAACUAUUGCGCUCUGGUGCGCAAGCCACCAAAUGGAGGACAUCUUUGGGGACAUGGGCGUCAUUGCCAUCCUUCCUAUUGUCAUCUUCUUCGGUGUGGGCAUUCUCACAAAGGAGGAUUUCAACAACUUUCCAUGGACAAUCAUCAUUCUUGCCGCCGGCGGUCUGUCCCUCGGAAAGGCGGUGCGCUCCUCUGGACUUUUGCACACGCUCGCCAAGGUCGUGUCGGACAAGGUCCAAGGCAUGGGUGUCUAUGGUGUUUUAGUCGUUUUUUCGUCGCUGAUUCUUGUGAUUGCGACCUUUAUCAGCCACACCGUUGCAGCGCUCAUCUUUCUCCCACUCGUCUACGAUGUCGGUACGGCCAUGAAUCAGCCUCAUCCCAACUUGCUGGUCAUGGGUGGCGUGCUGAUGUGCAGUGCCGCCAUGGGCCUACCAACUAGUGGCUUCCCUAAUAUGACCGCUAUUAUGAAGGAGGAUGCCACAGGUCAACGGUACCUUCAGGUCCAGCAUUUUAUCAGCCGCGGCAUUCCCAGUAGCAUCUUAACACUUGUUGUCGUCGUAACUUUGGGAUACGGCAUUAUGCAGGUCGCUGGGCUUGAUUAA